AUGCAGUACGUCCUGCCGCUCAUGCUCACGCUCAUGGCCGCGCGUUGGGUUGGAAACGUUUUCAACGAAGGGCUGUACGACAUGCACAUUCACGGGAACAAGCUCCCCUUCCUAGAGGACGAGUGUCCUUCGGUGGCGAGGCAGAACGACAUGACGGCCUCCCAGGCCAUGUCGAGGAGGGUGCGGUGCCUGAGGCCUCUCGAGAGGGCCGGAGCAGUCUUCGACACCCUCAACGCCUGCCAGCACGACUGCUUCCCGGUGGUGGAUGAUGAGGGCGGGGACGUGUUGGUAGGGACUAUCUUGAGAAAGUGCUUGAUGCUCCUCCUGCACCAGAAGGCCUUCGGCCCAGUGGGGACCGAGCUAGGGGACGGGCAGCAGAACAGUCGUAGCGCCGCCCGGCAGCACCAGGGGAGGGGAGGGGGGUCAGCCAACGCUAGCGCUGACGCCUCCUUGGGUAUCUCGCCGCCUAUAUCGUGGGGGGCGAUGGAGCGCAUCUACCCUCGGUACCCGACGAUCGAGUCCAUAGACCUGUCCGAUGCGGAACGGAGGAUGUGGAUGGAC